UGACCACACGUUCGUUCCUCACGAAACUUUCUUAACUUGUUUCUGGCCUGUGUUUCACUAUGUUGAGAGCUUUGCUAGCCUCAAGCAGGCCAUUGCUAGCGCGUUUGCGCAUCCCUACUCUUCCUCACAUACACAAAUUCACACCUGCAAUUUCAUCACCUACGAAUGCAAUACCGUCCACGGCGCGUGGAAUGAAAGUGAGGUCAUCUGUGAAGGUUAUGUGUGACGGGUGCAGCGUUGUGAAGCGAAAAGGCAGAGUGUAUGUCGUGUGUUCGAAAAACCCGAAACACAAGCAGCGUCAAGGAUAAUCAUUGUCGAGACUGCGUUUUUGACACGCCAAAACCAUGUUGGUAGAGCGCAUGUAGGG